CGCGUCGCACGCGCAUGUUUCAUACCCAUAUUUGUGAAGUGUCAAUUUAAUAGCUAAAAGUAUUGCUAAAACCUGUUCGGUAAAGUCACUCGUUUUUGUGGUUCUUUAAACAAAUUGAUUAUAAAGUCGGGUUUUAUACUUCGCCUGUAUGUUGUCAGUUUUGCUGCACGGUAAAAAGUGUUUGAAAGUAUAAAAACUUGUGUAAAUAUUCUGUGGAUGGUAAAAUAAAAAAACUGUUUUUAGUGGAAAUUUUACAAGUACUGUUUCGUGGUUUGUGGGGCGUGUAUGACUAUCUAUCUGAAUAUCAAUAAUAAUAAGAAGACGGUUACUGAAGAUUUUAAAAUUAACUCUAGCCACUACUAUCGUUUCAAACUACUUUACGCUACACAAAAAUGACAGAAAAAGCAUACACGUCUUUAGAAGACCAGUAUCAAACCGUUAAUGUGAGAAGAACCAGAGAAGAAAUUACUACAACCAGCACUGUCGAAGAAAUUCUCAAGAAAAUCGUACCAGCUAAAAGUUUUCUGUACAGAAACCAGGAUAAGAAAAAUGACAGAAUAUUCAGUUCUUAUUUACCAAUGGACUCUGGUACCCCAAAAAAGCCUAGAAGAUUCUUCAGAAUGAGCUCAUACGAGUAUCCAAUGUUCUCAUCAAAAGAAACUAAAACAGAAAAUCACAACGACAGAGGAUAUUAUUCAGUAAAAACUAACAGCAGAUACUAUAUUCAGAAAACUUUCAAAAUACCAGAAGUUAAAACUAAAUACAAAUCAAUAACAACUCCAGAAGAAGUGAGUGAAUCUAUUGUAGAAGAUCAUUUGUACGAAGAUUUGUGUUACACUGACGUAGAAAAAGAAAAAACUGAAGAAGAGAAAAGAGAUCAAACUCAGAAACCUUAUAAAGUUAUGAUUCAAGAGCUAUUCCAAUCGUUCAAACUGCCAUUCUUUAAGAAGAAUGAAGAGGCAGAAGUUAAAAAAGAUGCUAAGGAAGUAGUUGAGGUUGUCAAUGAACAAAAGAAGGAAACUGAUGGUAAUUUCUACGAGAAUGGCGACGUGGAAGUGGCUGCAAAUAUGUACGAUUCUGUACACGCUGUUCGGCCGGUAGAAGGUGCGGCAAAAGAUCGGGUGCAGAUUCCAGUGGAAGACUACCUGGAGCCCAUUCAGGUGGAAAGGGACCACCAAUACUGCGACGUGGCGCUGAAAGAGGACUCCCUGCUUCAGUACAUCAUGAACCUUUUCGAGAACUUCGGGAUGCGGCGAGAAACGAACGAAGAAACCUCCGAAGACCUGGAGCCUCGUAAGCCUGAAGAACCACCAGCAGAAUGGACCAGCAACAUGGCCGGCCGCCCUCUGCCCGUGCCAGUCGAAAAUGAGCCUUACUACAUGCAGGUCUCUAGGAGUGAGGCUGAAGAUCUGUUGAGAGGAGAGCCCGAUGGGGUGUUUCUGCUGAGGCCGUCAAGUCAGCCAAACCAUGCGUACACACUGUCCGUAUCUUGCGCCGGCGGCGUCCACAACGUGGGCGUGCGCAGACGCAGCGACGGGCGACUUGCGCUCGGCUACCCGCGCCGCGGUGAACGCGGCUUUACAAGCAUAGCGUCUUUGCUCCGGCAUCAUAAACGGCGAAGAUUACUUCUUGUAGCCGGCGGCGGAGUGGUGGGCGCGACCACUCUCAACGAGCCUCCCCGAUACUACCAGACUCCAUCCAGCAUACCUGUGCCUGUGCGCACACAAUGAUCAUCAAUAUCAACCAAUGGAAGAAAUUGUAUAACUAUAAUUAUAUUAACGAUGCAGAUGGCCGAAGAUCGAGAGGCCUGGAGAGCAGUGAUAGGAAGAAUAACCCAUAGGAGUCACGUCCCUCAGACAUGAGGUCACGACCACGAAGAAGAAUAAGAAUUAUAUUAAGCAGGCCACUGACGAGCUGUACAAAUGGAUGCCUUUACAAUGGAUUUAUCCAAAUGGACGGCAUCCUAAUAUUAAAGAUUGUACGUUUUUGACAUUCACGGACCGAUUUUUGAUUGCAGCCACGCUAUUUGGACUGUUGGAAGUCAGUGGCCACCUUUAGUAGUAAUUGCUUAUCGUUUAAGUUUCAGUAUUACGAUACUAACUGUAUGUGUAUAGUAUUAUAGGUAGUUACCAUUACACACCCAUUCUAUUUUUAUCAUUUAUUUACAUACAAUAUAUAUACAGUGGUACAACUAAACGAAAUUAAUAACUAGCUUAAAUCUAAAAUAGGCCCCUGAGGCAUUGUACCAAAUAUUUUUGUAAGUACAAAUGUACUUACAAAAGGAAACUCUAGAGUUCGUCUCAGAUACUUUAAGUCUGUAUUUACUCGUACCCAUUUGGCAAUCGAUAUAAAUAUUGUUGCAAUGUGAUUAUACAUACGUUAAAUUCUUAUAAUAAUAUAAUUAUUAUGAUGUUUAGGGUUUUGCAACAUCUUAAGAAAUCGAUUACAUUAUGUAUGUAUAUCGUAA